GUCAAAAUGGCUAACGGAAUGCCGCGAGCUGGUGCUUUUGAAGUAUUUAUUCGCCAGCAAUGGUGUCCUGUAAGUGUCACUCUGAAUGAAGAAUCAAUUACACUAACUCUUACUGAAAAUCCCGAUCAAGCGGCAGCAGCUAAUGGUUCCGUUGACGCUGGCCACGGACUAACUAAUGGCAAUGCUGAUUUACCCGAAUCCAUCACUGGACAAAAACGUUAUGUCAAGGUCAUUAAAGAAGAGCAACAUGGUCUUGGCAUAAGCAUCAAAGGUGGAAAAGAAAAUCGCAUGCCCAUUCUUAUUUCUAAAAUUUUCAAAAACAUGGCAGCAGAUAAAACAGAAAAGCUAUAUGUUGGUGAUGCCAUUUUAUCAGUAAACGGUGAAGACUUAAGGGAUGCCACCCAUGAUGAUGCUGUCAAAGCUUUAAAGAAGGCUGGAAGAGUGGUAGAAAUGGAAGUAAAAUACCUCAGAGAAGUGACACCAUAUUUUCGUAAGUCCUCCCCACUGAAUGAAUUAGGAUGGGGUACUCAGGACUCAGCACAGAAAGAAGUGGCCAAAGCCAGCUGGUCAGAAACAAAAACCCUGCCUUUAAAGAUGUGCUAUUUGUGUAGAAAUCUGACAGUGCCUGAUUCAGACAAGAGAACUCUAGAAUUGCAUUCACCUGAUAGCAAGGGUGUCUGUACCCUUCGCUUCCCAGACCCAGCUACAGCUUCUGAUUGGUUUAAUGCCAUCCAUUCAAAUGUAAUGAUGCUUACGAAACAGGCUAUUGAAGAUGCGAAUGAGAUGUUGAGGUCAGCCCCUAACCAGCAUGAGAUACGUCACAUGGGCUGGUUGUCUGAGCAACUUACUGGAGAACAGGGGACACCAAUAUGGAAACCAGUUUUUAUGGCCCUAACAGAUAAAGAUAUUUUACUCUAUGACACAGCACCGUGGAGUAAAGAAGAAUGGGCCACACCAUUUCAGUCACACCCCUUGUUGGCUACCAGGCUAGUUCAUUGUGGUAAACAAAGCAGUCAGAUGACAGGAGCCGAUGUCAUGUCUUUUGGCACGCGCUCAGGCUCACGCAAUGGGGUUGAAGUUCAUAUCUUCAGAGUUGAAACACAACGCGAUCUAGCCUUCUGGUCCCGUGCCUUGGUGCAAGGUUCACAUGGUGCUGCUAUUAUAACUAAACAAGUCUCUUGUUCUGUAGUUUGGAAACACAAGAAAGCAAAGUUAACUGUACACUACGAAGAUGGUUUCACUCUUAGGGAGGAGGUAGAAGGAGCUGAUGGGCCUGGUGAGGUGUUGUGGGCUCAUCCAUUUGAGAACCUUCGAAUGUCCUCAGAUGAUGGUCAUAGACUUUUAUGGUUAGAUUUUGCUGACAUUGGAGAACAGGAAUUGGAUCUUAAUACUUGCCCAAAACCUAUAGUGUUUGUCAUUCACACUUUCCUGUCUGCUAAAGUGAGCCGCCUUGGACUUAUAGCCUGAAAGCAAAUAGACAACAUAGGUGUAUCUAGACUAUUUAAUUAACUAGCAAUUUAUCAGGUGAAUUGAUAUUGAAAAGCCAUUGUUAUAGCUAUUAGUGUGCAAUGUUGUCAGGACUAUCUUAACCAUAAGUGUUCAGUUCACUGGUAAAGGGAAGUUAGGAACUAGCUUUGAUAUCAUUUGCCAUUAUUUCAAUUUAAAAAUAUAUAUAUUUUUUUUUCUUUCUAAGAUUGAAUAUAUUUAUUAAAUUGUGCUGGUAUCUUAUUGGUAGAAAAACUGGUUUAUGUUAGUCCUAUGUUAUUAGACCAGAUUAUCAGAAAAUAAUGUGACCUUUGUGUUUUGAAUUUUCAUUGUCAGAUUCAGUUUAAUUAAGCAAUUAGCACCCGUAAUCUAUUGCUGUUAAAGGAAAACUUAUUUCCUUUUUUUAGCUGAUAUCACUUAGUUUUAUUUAGAACAUAGUAGACAUUGAUGCAUUUCAUUUUUUUUUUCAUACCAAACAACUGCUGACCAUGUUAUAGAUAUAGAAAAAAUCUGUGUAAUACAUACUGAACAGAAAUUUUAUUUAGUUAUUAAAUUUAUAGCUUUUUAUUUAGUCUGGUUAUUUAUAAUUACCCCCUUGCUGGUCAAGUCAAGCUAUUUUUGUUUUUUAAAUUACAGUCAUUUAUUUGAUUGUUUUAUAAUUUCAAAUAUUGAUGUAAACUGUAUUAACCCAUGGUGUACACUUGUUAGUCUAAUUUAUACAUCUGUUUUAAAGAAACUAUAAAGAAAGUGUUUACUUAAAAAACAGGGUUACUUAAGAAGCACAUUAAAUUUAAAAACAAGCAGAAAUGUAACUACCUGUUAACUGUUG